AUGAAGUUUAUUUAUAUUUUUGUCUUGGUUGUUGUAUUGAGAAGCCAAACAAGUAAAAGUUAUCGUGUUCUUGGGAUAUUUCCACAUCCAGCAAUUUCACACUUUCGUGCAUUUCAACCUCUUUUGAAAGGACUUGCGGCUAAAGGUCACAAUGUUGUUGUUGUCAGUCACUUUCCUGAUGAAAAUGCACCAGAAAAUUAUCGUGACUUUGUACUUGAUCAAAGUCAAAUAAUGACAGCAGCAUUCUCAGUUAAUGAGCACUGCACUUUUAAUUACUUUUUCUUUUGUUUUGCUUUUGUUUUUACAUUUUUCGCACGAAUCACCGCCAACCACGAACAGGUUUAUGCCCCACGAAGCUACAAAGUUUAUUACGAAGAAUUCGUUUCGUUAAUGGAAUGGGGAAACGAUGCAUGCGAACAGCUUCUCGCUUCGAAGCAUAUUGAUGUUUUGUUUGAUCUGAGUCGUGAUCAGAAAUUUGAUGUUUUAAUUACGGAAUACUUCAAUACCGACUGUAGUUUGGGAAUAGCAUACCAAUUAAACAUAACAUCGUACAUUGGAAUGUCAAGCUGUGCCCUGAUGCCUUGGCAUUAUGACAGAGUAGGAUUACCGGAUAUUCCAUCUUAUAUUCCCAGUGAGUUUGUUGGUUAUACGCCAAACAUGAAUUUCUUCGAACGUUUUACUAAUUGGAUUGUUGUAAAGUUGACGAAAAUAGGUUACAGGAUGAGUCAAAUGAAAGAUACGAAAUUGUUACAACAACGUUUUAAUUCAACUGUUCCCAAUUUACGUGACUUGGCGGAUAAUACGAGUCUUGUUUUCGUGAAUCAGCAUUUCUCAUUCAAUGGUCCGAGGCCUUUAUCAAUGAAUGUUGUAGAAAUCGGUGGCAUUCAUAUCAGAGAGUCACGAAAAUCACUGUCCGAUGAUCUGCAACAGUUGCUUGAUAAUGCUAAACAUGGCGUAAUUUAUGUGUCUUGGGGUUCAAUCAUCAACUCCCAUGGUAUGUCAUUAAGUAAGAAACAGGAAAUUGUUGAAGUUUUCAAGAGUCUCCCACAAACGAUUCUGUGGAAAUGGGAAAAUGACUCACUUACUGCCACCGCGAAGAACAUUCACAUCCGUUCAUGGUUGCCACAAAUCGAUAUUCUUUGUCACCCAAAUGUCAAAAUAUUUAUGUCACAUGGUGGUUUGAUGGGUGCAAGCGAAGGAGUUUAUUGUCAGAAGCCAACAAUUGUGACUCCCAUUUAUGGCGAUCAAUACUUAAAUGCAGCUGCGUUAGAGCAUCGAGGAAUGGGAAUCGUUUUACACUAUAAUCAAUUGACAAGAGAUAAAAUUGUCGAUGCCGUUCAACGUAUUUUGAAGCCAAGCUACAAGCAACGAGCAAUUGAGAUUUCCCGUUCCUAUCGUAAACGCUUAUCAGAUCCGCUUGAAACAGCCGUCUUUUGGGUGGAUUAUGUGGUUGAGAAUGGUGGAAAUUUACUUCAAUCCCAUGCUGCUGUAAGAUUGAAUUCUCUCAAUUAUCACUCAUUAGAUGUGAUUCUGGUUUUGCUUUGUGCCAUCGCUGUGACAAUUUUGCUUGUAAUUAAAACAAUUCUAAGUUUUUGGUGUAGAAGUAAAAGCGGAAAACCAAAGGAAAGUCGGGAAUGUGCAACGAACAAAAAGCGCAAUUAACAAAAAUCAGGAUGAAACAAUCAACAACAGCAUUGCAAUCUUCAAUUUGAUUCUCCCACUUCGCCAUUUCGCUUCAUCAUAAAUUUCAUUUUCUUUUUAUUCAAGAUUUAAUUUUAGAUUUUCUACUUGCUCUCUUUAGUUAUUCCCUUUCAUGUUGUGAACUUUUUUCUCUUUGUUGUAGACAAAUAGAUAUAUAGAAAAUAAGAUAGAAAUGAACAAUGAAAUGUAAUUUUACUCAGCUAUAAUUGGAAUAAUAAACAAAAAGGAUGAA